CCUGCUGUACCUGAACGUGCUCCGUCCUAUUGACUGCCUCGGUCGUGACUGCCAGCAUGUUCUGUCUAGUCCCAUUCCUCUUCGAGAAGUUAAGUUGGUGCCUGCUCAUAAAGCUGCUGACCCAUCCCUUGGAGAAGCUCAUGUCCGAGGGCAACUGCAUCUCUUGCGCCAUUUCCAUGGCCUUGGUCUGGACGGCGGCGCGCGUCAUGCACCCGCCGCGCUCCAUUUCCUCGUGCACCCAGCGCAGUAUCGUCUGGUCUAGUUCAGGAUAUUUUACUUUUCGCGCGGCGCGGAAUCCGGGCGGCACCGCGGUGCUCAGCAGUUUGUCCUUGUCCCGUAGCAAAUUGGAGAUGGUGGCCUGUGUAGGCUUGCUUUCCAGGCCGAACGCCUCCUUCGCCCAAAGCGCCAAGUUGCGCUGCGUCCAUGAGGGCUCCUCCUCCUUCUUCUGGAUGAUCGCUAGCUUCUCCCCGUACGUCAAGUUGCGGCGAGUUCGGCGCGCAGGCUGUAAUAACGUUAAAAUAAACAUGACUGUCAAAAAGCGUCCGCCGAUUGGCGCCAUUUUCUGAUCCGAAGAUGGCACGGAAACCGGCGUUGACGAAGGAGCAGAGGGUGGCGAUCGUGCGCCAGAGCAAUAAGCAACCCGAGUGGAAGCAGAAGCAGUUGGGCGAGUGGGUGGCCGACACGUUCCAGCUAAGUUUCGUGCCGUCGCAGCCCACCAUAUCCAUCGUCUUGCGGCAGGCGGGGAAGCCCCCCAAGCCUCGAGCAAGUACCAAGCGGCCGCCUGUGCCAGUCAAACCUCCCAAACCGAAGAUAGUCAAGUGUCCACAAGUAGAGAAGGCAAUGUUGUAUUGGUUGGAGACACAGAUUUCCAAGGAUGAGGCCGUUACGGUGACCAAAGUGCAGACCAAGGCGAAGGAGCUCGUGCAGCAGGGCAAGGCCACGGUGGACGGCUUCGUCGUGUCGGACACCUGGGUCGAUAGUUUCAUGAGACACCAUGUUCUAAAUUGUCUUUUUGGAUUGUCGGACGCGGAGACGACGGACGAUGAGGAGAAUGAAGAGAACGUUGAAGUUGUCAAUGCUAUUGCAAAGAGUGCGGAGAAGGGCAAAGCGGGCAAGACAAGUCGCCGAGUGGUAAGGACGUUAGUGGAGAAGAAGGACUCGCGCACACCAGCGACGGCGAAAGCGAGUGCACCACCGGCAGGGAAGAGGAAACGAGACAGUAAAGGCAACGGACCGAGCCGACAGGUGAAAAUGCGAAGAUAAAUUAAUCAUGAAGAAAGCGGCAGAUAAUGAUUGCAUUGGAUAAAGGUGUGAUGCUUUUGUUGUUGAUGUUUGUUGCGGCGAAAAUAACGAUUCCUGCAAGUAUGUUGCAAGGAAGAAGAGAUGGUUGUACUGUGAAGAUGGAGCCAUAAAUGGC